UCCCCGGACCCUGCAUUCACUAUAUCCGCUCUCCCCGGACCCUGCAUUCACUAUAUCCGCUCUCCCCGGACCCUGCAUUCACUAUAUCCGCUCUCCCCGGACCCUGCAUUCACUAUAUCCGCUCUCCCCGGACCCUGCAUUCACUAUAUCCGCUCUCCCCCCGGACCCUGCAUUCACUAUAUCCGCUCUCCCCGGACCCUGCAUUCACUAUAUCCGCUCUCCCCGGACCCUGCAUUCACUAUAUCCGCUCUCCCCGGACCCUGCAUUCACUAUAUCCGCUCUCCCCGGACCCUGCAUUCACUAUAUCCGCUCUCCCCGGACCCUGCAUUCACUAUAUCCGCUCUCCCCGGACCCUGCAUUCACUAUAUCCGCUCUCCCCGGACCCUGCAUUCACUAUAUCCGCUCUCCCCGGACCCUGCAUUCACUAUAUCCGCUCUCCCCGGACCCUGCAUUCACUAUAUCCGGUCUCCCCGGACCCUGCAUUCACUAUAUCCGGUCUCCCCGGACCCUGCAUUCACUAUAUCCGGUCUCCCCGGACCCUGCAUUCACUAUAUCCGAAAUGCAAUUAUUUUAGUAAAUAUAAACUGCUAA